UCGUUGAUUUAUUCCGUGGAGGAGCCAACCGACGCAGAUCGACCCGCUCCCUUGCUACCGCGUCGCGUCAACCCCAAGACCGCCGCCGCCGGGAGCCAUGGCGCGGUCCGCCGCCUCCUCCUCCGGCACCGACAUCACGGUCUCCUCCUCCGGCUCCUCCUUGGGCGGGAGCGACCGGCGGCGGCGGCGGCGCCGCCACCGCAAGGAGGCCUCCUCGUGCUCGUCCGCGCUGAAGGUGCGCAAGGACCGGAGGUCCCGCCACAAGCGGCGCCGGCGGCGGUCCCCGUCCGACGACGACGGCUACAGUAGCACAAGCUCUUACGACAGUGGCCGUGAGGCAUCUGGCAGAUCACGAAAGCAUAAGAAGAGCAGCAGAUCAAGAAAGUCUAGGGAGAGGGACCGAAGCAAGGAUAGACAUCAUAAACGAGACAAGAGUAAACAUAAAGAGAAGAAAGAGAGUGAGCGUGCUGAUGGUCCUGUCCAGCUCUCCAAGUUCCUUGGACGCGACAAGGAAAAGGAGGAAGGUGUUCAGAGGAGUGCAAUCUCUGGUAAAAAGAUAAUGAUGAAGCUUGAGAAAUCAAAGGAAGAUAAGGAGGCAGAGAGCAAGCGUAACAAGUUAUUGAAGUUUCUAAAUGCCAGCUAUGAUUGACAGUUUGCUGGAAGUGGUGACUCAGUAUUAUUAACUCUGGAUUGUCUUACUACAGCUUAGUCAUGGGUGCUUUUGAUGGUCCUCAUAAGCCUUUUAUUGGGUUUGUUCCAAGUUUAUCACAUGAACAUCAAUGUUUCUUUGUGGUACUGAAAUAGUGACUGGACAAGGUCUAAACUUGAGCAUUACCAGUUUUGUACUUUCCGUAA